ACACAGGCUCCGCCCCACGCUGCCCACUCCCGAUACUUCUGCAGCUCGCCUGCGCCCCGGAAGCUGCCCCUGCUCGGGGGUCACGAUGGGCAGCAAGAUGGCUUCCGCCACCAGGGUCGUGCAGGUAGUGAAGCCACACGCUCCAUUAAUAAAGUUCCCUAACAGAAGAGACAAACCUAAACUCAGUGCCUCAGAAGCUUUGGGAUCUGCUGUGCUCCCCUCCCACUCCUCUGUCAUUUCACAGCAUUCUAAAGGAAGUACGUCCCCCGGUUUACUGAUGCACCAGGGGCCACCAGACACUGCAGAAAUUAUAAAAUCAUUACCUCAGAAAUACAGAAGGAAACCUAUGUCUCAAGAGGAAAUGGAAUUUAUCCAGGUACGCUGUUGUUCUCAGUCACAGGAUUGUGCAGAGUGCUGGUGACUUUUGGGUUUGCAA